GAGCACCUGUCGGGCCUGGAGCACCUGUCGGGCCUGGAGCACGUGUCGGCGGUGGAAGGUUCUGGAAAAGCCGCGGUCCUGGCUCUGCACGCGGCCCCUCGGCGGAAGCGGCGCGUGCUCUUCUCUCAGGCGCAGGUGCACGCGCUGGAGCGGCGCUUCAAAGAGCAGCGGUACCUGUCCGCGCCGGAGCGCGAGCACCUGGCGGGACUCAUCCACCUGAGCCCGAACCAGGUCAAGAUCUGGUUCCAGAACCAUCGAUACAAACUCAAGCGCGCGGCCAAAGACAAGAGCGCGCGAGACUCGGACCCGGAGCCCGCGCACGCGCUCAAAAAGACUCCCGCCCCCGCGGCCCCGGGACGCGCGAGCGCCCAACAGCAGCAGCACGUGCACCUGUCCGCGGAGGAGCACGAGGACGUGUCCCCGAGCCCGCCGCUGCACGCGCACAUGACGCACGCGGACGCGGCGCUGAUCGAGACGUACGCAAACAACGUGAUCCACGGAUCCAACCUGCUGUACGGGAGAACCUGGUAG